GCGAAAGUUUCCAUUAUAGCAUCACGGGACGGGACAGGACGCGCGCGCGCGCACACACACACACACACACACACACACACACACACACACACACACUCCGGGGUGAAGAUCCAGAGACUUUGAGGAGGCUUCAGAUACGGAGGAGGAAUGUUUCUUUUCUGUGUACGGUCACUUGUAUUUGGCAUGCAAACACACGUGAUGAGAUCAAAGGCCUCACACCAGCAGGGUCUUCCUGUUGAGAGGCAGCCACAGCCUCUUACAACAACAGGGUUCAUAGCUUGACCAUUACGGUUUCAAGGAUUGUGCAGAGCCGGUGGACCGAACAUGCCCCCUGCAGCAGCAACCAAAAGAGGCCACGCACCACCAGAUGGAGGCUGGGGCUGGGCUGUUGUCUUUGGUGCUUUCAUCUCCAUAGGAUUCUCCUAUGCCUUUCCCAAGUCCCUCACCAUCUACUUUAAGGAGAUUCAGGAAUAUUUUACGGUCUCCUACAGCGAGAUUGCCUGGCUGUCCUCGGUCAUGCUCGCUUCUAUGUAUGCAGGAGGACCUGUGAGCAGCAUACUGGUCAACCGCUACGGCAGCAGACCCGUGGUCAUGGUCGGUGGGCUCAUGGUUAGCGCUGGCAUGGUGCUUGCUUCUUUUGGCAGGACUAUCAUGCAUCUGUAUCUUUGCGUUGGAGUUAUUGGUGGUUUAGGACUCGCCCUCAACCUGCAGCCGGCCCUGACCAUCAUAGGUACCUACUUCCAGGUCAAAAGGCCCAUGGCGAACGGCAUCGCCAUGGCAGGAAGUCCAGUUAUCCUCUUCACUCUGGCUCCUCUCAAUCAGUUUCUGUUUGAUUCUUUUGGCUGGAGAGGGAGCUUCCUCAUCCUGGGAGGAAUCGUUUUGAACUGCUGCGUAGCUGGCGCUUUGAUGAGACCGGUCAAUAAUAACACCCGACCAAAACCAAAGACCGAACCACCGGAGCGUAACGGGGCAGCCGCUGAGGAAGCUGCUGCUGCUUCAGACACCGGUGAGCAAGACGAGAGCGAGAGUCAGGGCUGUCUGCACAAAUUCAUAGACGUCUCCCUUUUCAAACACCGGGGCUUCCUCAUUUAUCUCAUUGGUAAUGUGGUCAUGUUUUUUGGUUUUUUUGCGCCGGUGGUCUUUAUGGCUGCGUAUGCAAAACAUCAAGGGAUUGAUGAAUAUUCAGCAGCUUUCUUGCUCUCUAUUUUUGCUCUGGUGGACAUGUUUAUGAGACCGGCAACCGGCUUCAUUGGCAACAGCAAGUGGGUUCGGCCACGGAUCCAAUACUUUUUCAGUUUUGCGGUUUCAUUCAACGGUGUGUGCCACCUUUUGUGCCCGCUGUUACCCGGAUACGUGGGUCUGGUUGUGUACGCUGUCAUCUUCGGUCUGGCGUUCGGGAUGGUUUGCGCACUGCUUUUUGAAGUUCUGAUGGACCUCGUUGGAGCUAAACGCUUCUCCAGUGCAGUUGGACUUGUCACCAUCAUCGAGUGUGGACCAGUGCUUCUUGGACCUCCACUUUCAGGAGCUCUGGUUGACAUUUUCGGAGAAUACAAAUACAUGUACUAUGCGUGCGGAGUGUUUAUGCUGGUGCCGGGCAUAUUUUUCUUCAUCAUGCAUUACUUCAACUACAAGAAACUGGAUGAGGAGAAGAGGCAGAAUGUGCCUGUGGAUAUGAGGACUUGUGAAGAGGCAGUACAACUCAAAAUGAGCCAGGAUAGUAACACAGCACACGACACCGAUGGAUGAAAACGUUGAGUAUGAUAUUUAUUUUAAUCGAUAGACAGAUGACACUGUAUGCACAGGCUUUAAUUCAAUUCAAUUAAAUGUAUUUGUGUUGCCCAAAAUCACAAAUUUGCCUCAGGAGGGCUUUACAAUCUGUACUGCAUGCAACAUCCUCUCUCCCAGGAACCCUGACUUCGGAACAGGAAGCCCCUCCUGAUAAAUGAAGAAACCUUAGCGAGACGAACUUCCGGCCGUCCUCGGAGAGGAUAGAAGACACUGAGGACAGAUGGCAUGUGUAUUAACAUAGGAUUAACAACAUAAUAUAAUUACAACACAGCUAACGCAUACAACAUAAAUGAUUCAUAUGAUGAGAGUAGUAAGCAGAAUAAUGAUGGAAAAAAUGACGACUAAUGAUAAUGACACCAGCAGUAAUAGAAGCAAAGAAUAAUAGUCAUGAAAGCAUUAAUGGUAGCAGUAAUAAUAUAAAUGUGACUAACAGUUAUUUUGUUACUUUGGAUGAGGUUGUUAGAGUCUUUGGACCUGUUCAACAUUUAUUGUAUUGGUUAUUGUGUGUUAUUAUUGCAUCAUGGGUCAACUGUAUCUCACGGGUCAACAGUUCCAUGCAGUUUCCAAUGCAUUUAUCAUAAUGACUCAUUUAAUAUGGGUCCUCUUUGUCUCUCGAGUGGCUUUCCCGAAGGACUGAUCAAAUAAUUUUACUAAUCAAGUUAAUUUUUAUAUUUUAUAUUUUUAAAUGAUGUUUUGUAGUGUUGCACUGUGUUUAUUGUUAUUCACCAUUCACCUGGCCAAAUUCCUUGUAUGUGUAACGUUCUUGUCAAUACACAGCUGUUCGACUCCUGUUUACUACCAUCUUCUCACCACUAGAUGGCACUGGACUCUACCAUGUGAGUCCUCAAGGUGCAACACAUCUCUUCUAUGAACUGAACUGCAAUUAAACUACAGGCAUCUUCA